AUGCUCCCUAAGCUAUGUGAUAUCCUCUUACGCUUCAAGAUAGGAAAUGUGGCCAUCACCAGUGAUGUUGAGAAAGCAUUUCUACAAGUUAGGAUUCAUCCGCAGGAUAGGGACGCCACACGCUUUAUAUGGCUAAAGGAUCCGAGCCUACCAGUAGUCCCCGACAACAUGGUGAUAUAUCGCUCUACCCGUGUCACAUUUGGUCUUAUUUGCUCACCAUUUCUCCUCGCCGGCACAAUAAAGCACCAUUUGGAGAAUUACGCUACGAACAAAAACGUCGCCCGUGAAAUUAAACGCAACACACCAUUUUAUUUGCCUCCCCUGAUCGGUAACCAAAACUUUUUGCCAACAAGUCACACAGUCGCAGUUCUGUUAGAGAUGCAGCAACCAAGCACAAGUGUACAAGGAACAGGAAAGCAUCUAUCAGUAUCCCUAUCUGGAGAUGACCGGAAGAAUCGAGCGACAGAUAAAACAAAAAGCGACGAUAAAGGAGCGCAACCCCUUGAACCUCCAGCUCCGAGUCCUCCAAAACCAACGCAAACUGUAUCCCCUAUCAGACUACGCCACAAACGUCGUCCCAGUAAGACUAUACCUAUGAUUCCAUUUGGAACAAUUAUACAGGGCAAAUACGAGCUUCAAAAAGUUCUUGGGGCAGGCGGUUACGGGCAAAUCUUCAAAGCGUUCGAUUCUAACAAAAAUUUGCAUGUAGCAGUAAAGAUAAUGCCAAGAAAGCAUGAACCUCAAAGGAUGAUUCUAGAACAGCAAAUAUUGUAUCAGUUAAAGGGGAAACCAGAAUUUCCUCAACUUUAUGGCAGCGGAACAUUCGACGACUACAUGUUUAUAGUGAUGGAAUUACUCGGAAAAAGCUUGUCGGAAAUGAGAAAAAGGAAUGAAGGCAAAAAAUUCGACGCAAAUACUGCGUUAAGAGUCGGACUCAUGAUAACCGAUUCAUUGAAGAUCCUUCAUGAAAUGGGGUUUCUGCACAGGGAUGUAAAACCUGGUAAUAUGUGCAUUGGUGUAACACCGGCUACUGUAAAAAGGAUUUAUCUCCUCGAUUUCGGACUUGCCAGACAGUUCAGAGAAAAGGGGAGAAUAAGAAAACGAGAUCAUGUUGGAUUCAGGGGUACUCUUCGAUACGUGUCGUUGAAUGUUCAUGAGAGAAAAGAACAGUGCACCUGCGAUGACUUGAUAUCAAAUUUUUAUUCGAUGGUGGAAUUAGCAGAAGGCUAUCUGCCAUGGACUAGACUAAGAGAUGCUGAGGACAUCGCAAGGAGGAAAAGAAACAUCUCAUUUGAGGAAUUAUGCCCGUCCAGCGGUUUAUCCACGGAACUAUUGGAGUACUACACGUAUUGUUACGACAGUGUUGAAGAUCCGAAUCAACCUAAUUACGAUUACCUUAAGACUAUUAUCAAGAAGUCUCUGCCACCCAACUUUGACUUCAACGCUCCAAUGCCGUGGGAACUUAAGACAUUCGAUCCAAACACUUCCAUUAUAACCCAGGAAACUUUCCCAACGAAUGAGGCGAACAUUGCUACACGAUAG